UAAACACACUUUUAAUAAGCCUCGGGCUAAUAGCUUUAUAAUACCCCGAAGCUGUCUCGCUAACUCGCAAUCGGCAGCCGAUACUCUAAGAUAACAAAAUGACGGGAGCGUUCGUGUCGUUCGUUACUUCAUUAUGUUUCCUGAUCGUCGGGACCCAGGGUCUGGAGGGGGAGAUGGCCGAACUCGCCAAGAUGCUGAGAGACAACUGCCUGGAGGAGACGGGAGCGGACGUCGCGCUAAUAGACAAAGUGAACCAAGGCGCCACUCUGAUGCCGGACGGGAAACUCAAGUGUUACAUCAAAUGUGUCAUGGAGACGGCCGGCAUGAUGUCGGGCGGCGAGGUGGACGUGGAGGCUGUAGUGGCCGUACUGCCCGAGGAGCUGCAGAGACACGCGGACACCAUGCGGGCCUGCGGGACCAAGAGGGGCCUCGACGACUGCGACACGGCCUUCCUCACACAGGCCUGCUGGCAGGCCGGCUGUCCCAAGGACUACAUACUUAUAUAGAGAUUCAUUGUUUCCAGCACACAUUAAAUACAGGGUGUAUGGAAUAGAACAAGUUAUACACUUAUAACUGAAGACUUGUAACAUAUAUUAAAUCACGAAUGCAUUAUACAUAUCGAGCCACUUUAUGUUUCAACCACAUGUUCCAUUAUUAAUACUCACAUACAGUCCUUUAUCCUUAUAUCAUAAAUGAAAACAUCCACAUAUUCCUUUAAUAAUCUGUUGAGAUGUCUCCCCUCCACUUCUUCACCAUACUUAAUAAAUAUAACAAUGUUGUAAACUGUUCCACUGAGCGGGACAUGCUGUUGUGCUGCUUGUUACACUAUUCACAUAUUCUAUUGUAAUUGAACAUUUCCAAUAAAUCUACUAACAUCAUUUAAUACAAGUUUCAGUAACAAAUACUACAAAACACAAUAAAAACAUCAAAAGCCAGUUCA